AACCAGAAGUGAUAUUAAUUGCUCAGACUUGAACUUAAAGAUGAAAUCUUGCAUAUUGACUUUCCUAAUGAUUGUGGUUUUCUUCAAAUAUUCCCAAGGACAUGGAUUGUGUGCAUUUCCGUGUUCAUUCCAAGGAAGAGUCUUCAAGUUCCCUGCUUUGAACAAUGAUGACGAUAUAUUAGAUUACUCAGGAUCCGAUCCGACAUCAUAUUCAGCAAAUGUUUUCGGAGAAACAUACACAGGGUAUUGUUAUGCAAGAUCAGGGCCAUUUAUUGCAUUGCGUCGACAAAUAAAUGGAACAGCUACUUACCUGUGCAUUAAAGAUACCCUGUUCAACAAAGAUCACGAUUUUGUGGUGUAUUAUAGAAUGUCAUGGGUUCAUUUUCCUGGAAAUCCUACAAUAUGUGAUAUUUGCCAUGGGAAAGGGUACUGGCCAGCUUUAGUGUUGAAAGACCUCAAAGUUGAAUGUGGAAUUGACUUAGAUUGCAACAUUCCCCAAGUGUGUCCAGUGACAGACCCAGAUCAUCAAAUACCAUGUGACAGUUGUACGUCCUCUGAAUCAAAAGAUGAAGGCAUCUGCUGCCCAGACAAAUAA